AUGGCGCCUUCCAUCCCAAUCGAGAGUGCUUGCUCAGAAAUUCACGAAAAGUUACCAAAGCAGCUUAAUGGCUAUCGCAAUGGUUCAGUAGUUGACAAUGAGAAGCUCAAAGAUGCUGCCUCUAACCUGGACCCUUCCUACAAAAUCAUCGAACAGCCAAUUGGAACCCGACGUGCAAUUCGGGUGGCCUGCAUGGGAGCAGGCUACUCGGGACUUAUGAUGGCUAUCGUGUUUAGUGAACAGAUGCAAAACAAGAACGCAGAGCUCGUCAUAUAUGAGCGGAACGAAGACCUCGGCGGAACAUGGCUUGAAAAUAGAUAUCCUGGCUGCAAGUGCGACAUUCCGGCACACAACUAUGCAUAUAGCUUUGCCGCUAAUCCCCAGUGGCCGAACUACUAUGCAACUUCUCAACAGAUCCAUGAGUAUAUGCACGGUGUUGCCAACAAAUAUGACUGCAACAAGUACAUAAAAUAUCAACAUGCCAUUAAAUCAGCAAUCUGGAAUGAAGAUGAGGCCAAAUGGAAUAUUCAAGUCCAAAAGACGGACGGUACAGUCUUCGUUGAUCAUGUCGACGUCUUUAUCAACGCUGGCGGCGUACUCAAUAAUUGGAAGUGGCCUAAUAUUGACGGUCUACACUCCUUCAAAGGUAAACUCAUUCACUCAGCUCGGUGGGAUCAGGAUUAUGAUUUCACGGGCAAGAGGGUGGCGAAUAUUGGAAUUGGCUCUUCAGGUAUUCAAAUCGUGCCACAGCUUGCUAAGGUUGUCGACUCAAUGGACGUUUACGUUCGAACACAGACGUGGAUUUCGCCGGCACCAGGUAUCAACGAGCCUACAGCUAAGGAUCCGGACAUGGAUGCAGAUUACAAUUUCACAGAAGGCACUCUAGACAUUUUCAAGGACCCUGAAACACUGCGUGAAUACAGAGUGGCAAUUAUGGAUCGCCGAAUUGAAAACUUCAAACGUGCAAUCGCCGAUAGUGACCUCCAGAAGCAUGCGCAAGAAAUUUUCCGUGCGAGCAUGGCUGAACGCUUGGGUGAUAGCCCUAAGGGGCGCAAGGCCUUAGACUAUCUCCUGCCAGAUUUCCCUGUUGGCUGUCGGCGACAGACACCGGGACCCGGCUUUUUGGAGGCACUGACACAAGAUAACGUUGAUCUAAAAUGGGAUGACGUGGCACGAGUUACCGAGAAAGGAAUUGUGACACGGUCAGGAGAGACAAAGGAAUACGACGUGAUCGUGUGUGCUACCGGAUUUGACACCUCAUUCCGACCGUCUUUCCCAGUAGUUGGACGGAACGGAGUCGACUUAGGCCAAUUGUGGGAGACUGAACAACCAAAAGCAUACUUUGGCUUCCUGGUCCCAGAUAUGCCUAAUUACUUCUGUUUUAUAGGUCCAAACAGUCCUAUUAGCAAUGGAUCAUUGGUAUUAGGAAUUCAAGCUACUGCUGUCUACAUAUACAAGUGGCUGGAAAAACUGCAAACUGAGAUGAUUCGCAGCUUUGAAGUGCGGCGAGACGCCAAUGAGGAAUAUAACCAGCAUAUGCAGCAGUAUUUGGAUCGAACAGUGUGGACACGGGGCUGUCGUAGCUGGUACAAGCGCGGUACGGUUGAUGGGCCUGUUGUCGCCAUCUACGGUGGAACUUCAUUCCACUUUAUGGAGGCCAUAAAGAAUCCACGCUGGGAAGACUUUCAUAUAGAUCGACUUCCGGGGGCCAAAGCUAACCGGUUCGCCUAUCUUGGAGAUGGUUUCACUCUCAGAGAGACCAAAGGAGAAAGCGUUGGAGCAACCCAGACAUUGGACUUUACUGAAUACUGGCGUUUGUUUACUCUUCCAGAAAUUCAUAAUUGA